AUGCAAGUAGAUGUCAACGCAUAUCAAGCCAAUCCACCUUCUAAUCCUCGACCUUCGACUCAUGAGACACCCACACGAUGUGGCAUUGGAUUCUAUCGACGACUGUGCCAACGUAACACUCGGUGUUAUAGGUGUUUGAAGGCAUUCGACGGAUCACAUCGCGGACCGGAUGGCAGAACCUUUUCUUGUACUAAUCCAGGCGCAUCGUCGGCAGAGAUGGACGCUUUUGUUUUAGAAUGCCAGAAUGCGGCUCCCAGGUCUUCCCAACCGAUCUCGGCGGUAUCAUCUCAAGCACCGACAGCUCCUGCUCCGAAUAGGGUUCAACGUUCGACUAUGAACAACCCGCGAUUAGGGGUUCCUCGUUCAACUUCUCAACUUUCAUUUCAUCCUUCAGCGUCACAUCAGCCUCUUCCUCGAACGAACAUCGGUUUUGACCAGGCCCCGCCUCAGUUGCGCGGUAUGCUGUCGGCUUUCCCUCCUUCUGCAGACGUUGCUUCACAAGGGCACGUCGCCUCUUCAAGUGGUCAGCCUGCACAUCAUGUUCAUGAUGUAUCCGCUAUAAUUUUUGUCUUCUCAACCUUUGUUUGGUUAUGUGGACAACGAAGUUCAUUUGACAGAGCAUGUUUCGGCGAUUGA